CAAAAACAAUACCCUAACCUCACAUUUGCUGUCCCUGUGUUUUGAAAAUUUUUAAGUUCACGGAACUAGAACACGUUAUGUCGAGUGUAAAUUGUUAAAAUGCUUACCACUAAAAGAAUAAUCCGACGUUUGAGCACGAAACCGAAACCGUUGGUCACCCCGGACAAAACGGUAAUCGACAAUGUAAACAACAACGUGUACAAAUUCAGAAAACACCCGGGAAUAAUUCAAGCCAAAACGAUAAUCUUACCCGAUCGUUUGAUCAAGUCCACAUUGAACGUUCUCCAGGAACAUCCAGCGGCGAGUUUGUUCGAAGCCAGCCAGAAACUGGCGCGACAUUUAACCGGAAGAAAAAUUUGCCAGGAAGAAUCCGAAUUAAACGAGAAGUUGAGCAAAAUCCAGGCAAAGGUACUGAACAAAUACCUGCACGUUGACGACGAUCCAGACAUCAAAACUACCGUACAAAAUGAGAUACAAAGAUUAGCCGGAAAACGUAUAUACAACUGGAAACCGAUCAAAUACGAUUCGAACAACUCCCUGUUGUAUUUAAUAGCGCGAAUGGCUCCAGAAUACGCCGUUUUAUUUAGAAUAUUCGCCGAAAUACGAUCCAGACAUCCAGAUUUCAAGCCGAGAGGCUUGCUAGAUUUCGGAUCCGGCACCGGAUCGGUCACCUGGGCAGCGAAUUCCUACUGGAAACCCACCCUAAUCGAAUACUUCAAUAUAGAUUCGUCCAGAGAAAUGAACGAUUUGGCCGAAUUGCUGCUGAAAGGAGGCCACGGAAACUCCCAACUGCCUCUCACCGGCGUGUUUUACAGGCAGUUUUUCCCCGUCAACGCCCCCUCGUACGAUCUAGUGUGCUCCGCUUACAGCCUGUUCGAGCUACCUUCGAUGGAACGCCGGCUGGAAAUCCUAUCCAAAUUGUGGAGGAAAACGGAUAGAUUUUUGGUGAUCGUCGAGCAAGGCACCAACGCUGGAUUUAAACUCGUAAACGAAGCCAGGGAUUUUAUUAUAAGCACCGAGGAUAACACGAGGGACUAUACAUGUAAGGUAUUCAGCCCGUGUCCUCACGAACUGGAAUGUCCUAGAUUUCUAAUCGAUGACGGGACGCCCUGUAAUUUCGAAGUUACCUAUCAUUCAAUGCCCUUCGGGAGGCCUUCUACGCUCAACAAGGAGAGAUAUUCGUACGUGGUGUUGGAGAAACGAAGACGAGAGAGUGUACAAGGUGAUUUCAAUCAGGAGAAACAAAGAGAAGAGACUGUAGAAGGUGAUUUCGAUCUGGAAAAACGAAGAGGAAACACUGAAGAUGGUGAAUCUGAUUGGCCGAGAUUGGUGAGGCCUACGCUGGUCAAAUCAAAGCACACCAUUUGCAGGAUGUGUUGCCCCGAUGGGAAGCUUCGAGAGGUGAUAUUCACCAAAUCGAAGCACGGUAAAGUGAUGCAUUGGUGCGCGAGGGCUUCGAAAUGGGGCGACUUGUUGCCCGUUAAGGUGGAGGCCGCUCGAGACGAUGGGGAUGAUGGGGAAAAGGAAGAAGAUGAAGUGGUUUAGUUUCGGAUUCCUAAAACCAGUGAAAUUUCAGAAAAUGUACUAACAGUUGGCGCAAGUGCAGUGGAUCUGAGAGACUAUUUUCAAAGUAAAUGUAUUGUUAUUGUCGCAUUGUAAAUACAGUAAAUUUGCAUAAGCA